UUCAUUCUGGAUGGACUGGCUAACGAAUCAAGAUCUUUUCAGCGCCAGUAAACUCAAGGUUGGGGCAGCGGUAUUCACAGCCAUAGUCAGUGUGAUGGUUGUCACGACAAUUCAGUCGCCAUCGGACUCGGACUUAUCCGCGUCACUGAGUCCGAAGGUCAACACCCCCCCCGCGGUGGAUCCCAAUGGAACCAUAGGGGACGCACCAGAUCCGUUUUACAGCCAACGGCAGCCAAAUGACACCACAAGCGCACCCACGCUCGGCCCAUACAUUGUUUUACCAACUACCAUAGACCCAGCCUUGUGGAAUAGCUCGAACGCGACACCCCCAUCGCCCACGUGGUCCCCGACUACUACGCCUACAACUCCUCCUAAGGAGAAUUCAACGUCAACCACGGAUUCCACCAAUUCAACAAGCUCAUCAAGUUCAGCUUCCCCUACUUUCCCAACAACAGACGAACCAACCAUACCACCUUCGUCAGUGCCCACGACUGCCUUGCCUACUAACGAGCCAACAUCGACUGAGCCGCCCACAUCAGAGCCCACAACCGCUCCACCAACUAACGAGCCAUCACCCACUGAGCCGCCGACGUCAGAGCCCACAACAGCUCCACCAACUAACGAGCCAUCACCCACUGAGCCGCCGACGUCAGAGCCCACAACAGCUCCACCAACUGACGAGACAUUACCCACUGAGCCGCCCACAUCAGAGCCCACUACAGCUCCACCAACUAACGAGCCAUCACCCACUGAGCUUCCCCCGUCCACGCCAACACCAAUGAAUACCCCACCAACAAACGAACCACCUGACACAUCUCGACCUCGGCAGGCGACACCAGAAACCACACCCUAUGACCCAGCUGAGUCGAUCGGAACGUAUGCUAGCAUUUGCAAUGAGUCGAUUUACAUGAUCCCGACAUGCCGUGGGGUGGCUUGCACCGGUAGUGGCAUGUUCCCAAGGGGCAUGGAAUGUCCCCUUUACGGCGACGUUGGCGCGUCCAACUGUUCUGGACGAUACUGCACAGCCCCUGAAGACGGGCGGUGCCAAAUGAUCAAAGCCAACACGUGGGGCUGCGUGUUUCCGUCGCUCGGUUGUAUGAAAGCCAUCCCUUCGAGUCGUCGAUAA